AUGGUUCCGCCGGCGCCACAACCGCCGAACCCCCAAGAAACCCAACAAUUCCUCAGCUCCGUCCUCUCCCAGCGCGGUCCAUCCGCCGUACCAUACUCCGAAGACACGAAAUGGCUCAUCCGUCAACACUUGAUCUCUCUCCUCACAACUUUCCCUUCCCUUCAACCCAAAACCGCUACCUUCACUCACAACGAUGGCCGCACCGUUAAUCUCCUCCAAGCCGACGGAACCAUACCCAUGACCUACCAAUCCGUCACCUACAACAUCCCCGUUGUUAUCUGGCUCAUGGAAUCGUACCCUCGGCACCCACCUUGUGUCUAUGUUAACCCUACCAGAGACAUGGUCAUCAAACGACCUCACCCUCAUGUUGACCCUUCUGGUCUUGUUUCUGUUCCGUAUUUGCAUAAUUGGAUCUACCCUAGCUCCAAUUUGGUUGAUCUUGUUCUCUCUUUGAGUCUUGUCUUUGGUCGUGACCCUCCUCUUUUUUCCCAACGUAUAACUAGUAAUAACAACCCUAAUCCCAAUCCCAACCCUAACCCUAAUCAUAACCCUCAUCAAAAUCCAAAUAUCAAUCAAAGUUCUAGUUUUCCAACAUCUGGGUAUCCUCAUCCUGCUAGGAAUAAUUACCCUCCAUCGCCUUAUUCGCCUUCUCCUCGACCUUCUCAUACGGAGGAUCCUACUGAGGUUUUUAGGAGGAAUGCUAUUAACAAGCUUGUGGAGAUGGUGCAUAAAGAUGUUAUGUCUUUGAGGAAGACUAGAGAAGCUGAAAUGGAGGGUUUGUUUGGUUUGCAAGGGGUUUUGAAGCAACGCGAGGGGGUUCUGGAUAAAGGUGUGAAGGAAAUGCGAGACGAGAUGGAGGGUUUGGAACAGCAACUUCAGAUGGUUUUGAUGAAUACUGAUGUUUUAGAGGGUUGGUUGAGGGAUAAUCAAGGGAAGAAGUUGGAGAGUUUGGAGAAUGUGGAGGAUGCUUUUGAGUGUGUGGAUGUUCUUUCUAAACAGAUGCUUGAUUGUACUGCUGCUGAUUUGGCUAUUGAAGAUACUCUUUAUGCAUUGGAUAAGGGUGUUCAGGUGGGAGCUGUGCCGUUUGAUCAGUACUUGAGGAGUGUGAGGGUGUUGUCGAGGGAGCAGUUCUUUCACCGGGCUACGGCUGCUAAAGUUAGAGCUGCUCAGUUGCAGGCUCAGGUUGCUAAUAUUGCUGCGCGGAGUCAUCAUUAUGGUAGCUGA